AUCAAAACAGACAAAAGCAGUAAGUGGGGUGACAUGGAUUAAUAAUAAUUCUCAUCCAACGAUGCUUGGAAAACACGACUUCAUCAACAUAUAUAUAUAACGCACAAGAAUCGCCAAGACAAUCGAAUCCCUCAAUCAUCGGCUUUUUCCCUCUCUUUUUUCUCUUUUCUCUCUCUCUCUCUCUCUCUCUCUCUCUCUCUCUCUCUCCCUCUCUCUACGUAUAUAUAUAUAUGCCCAUAAAUAAUUGUACAGACACAUAACACAUAGAUAACGAUAUAGAUAUGGGCUUGAUGCAGGUAGCAUUGUUGUGCUCAUUGACGAUCCUCUCACUCAGUUCACUUUCGAAUUCACUGAGUUCGAAUUACUACCACAAAUCAUGUCCCAAAGUUGAGUCCAUCGUCGCUAAGGUCGUUCGCGAUGCAACGUCGAGAGACAAAACGGUGCCCGCAGCGCUUCUCAGGAUGCAUUUCCACGAUUGUUUUAUAAGGGGUUGUGAUGGGUCUGUGUUGCUGGAGUCGAGGGGAGGGAACAAAGCAGAAAGGGAUGGACCUCCAAACCGUUCGCUGCAUGCGUUUUAUGUGAUAGAAGGCGCAAAGAAAGCAGUGGAAGCUGUGUGCCCUGGCAUCGUCUCCUGCGCUGAUAUCUUGGCCUUCGCCGCUAGAGAUUCUGUCGUCCUGUCUGGAGGGCCAAGAUGGGAUGUCCCAAAAGGAAGAAAGGAUGGAAGGACAUCAAGAGCCACUGAAACUGCACUUUUGCCUUCUCCCACUUUCAACGUUUCCCAACUUCAGAAGAGCUUUUCUCUAAGAGGCCUCUCAGUCGACGACCUUGUCGCUCUCACAGGUGCCCACACGCUCGGGUUCUCCCACUGCUCAUCUUUUCAGAAUCGGAUCCACAACUUCAACUCGACCCACGAUGUGGACCCGACCCUACGCCCCUCCUUUGCAGCAAGUCUGAAAAGCAUUUGCCCCGUGAAGAACAAGGCCAAGAAUGCAGGCAUCAGCAUGGAUCCUUCUUCCACCACCUUCGACAACACCCACUACAAACUCAUACUUCAGCGCAAAACCCUAUUUUCUUCGGAUCAAGCUCUGCUCACCACUCCCCAUACCAAAACCUUAGUUUAUAAGUUUGCAACCUCCAAGAAGGCUUUCCACACUGCCUUUGCCAAAUCAAUGAUCAAGUUGAGCAGCAUCAAUGGAGGACAGGAGGUCAGGAAGGAUUGUAGGUUUGUAAACUGAUGAGAAGACUUAAGUUCAGCUAGUCAACAGUGUGCAUGUCGUCAUAAUGCGUUGGAAAGAACUAUAUAUUGAUAUAUAUAUAUAUAUAUAUAUAUGCCUGUUUUUUUUAUUGUUUUUGUGUUGUUAUGAGUGAGGAGCAAUAGAUCUAAAUUGUAAUCUAUGCUAAUUAUGUUGAAGGGAUUAAUCGGGAGAAA